AUGUCAGAAACAGGACUCCCCCAGUCACCACCCUGGGAGCUGAUCCAGACGCCCCCUCUGGUGACCUCGGCCAUUGCUCCUCACAACCCUCUGGUGAUGUCACCUUUCCCCACAAUGCCCGUGGUGGCAGGAACUGCUGGCCAUGGCCCCUGCGACCCUGGACCUUGCAAGGUCAUCAUCCAGCCCCAGUGGUUUUGUGGGGACAGUGAUCCAGUCCCUGCUUGGAGCCAGGCCCCUCCUGAAGCCUCGCGCAGGCCCAACAGUGUCUAUGAGAACUUCCAGCGCUGGAAGCUUUUGAAGGCUCUGACCCGGAGGUACCUUCCCAGGACUCCUGACACUGAAGUCCUUUCCUGCUUCCUCAUCCCGGUGUUUCGCACUCUGGCCCGCCUGAAGCCCACCAUGAGCCUGGAGGAAGGCCUGCGCCUGGCCCUUCGGGAAUGGAGGGGCACGAGCAACUAUGACCGCAUGAUCUACUCCGACAUGGCGGCCAAGUUCAUGGAGUUCGAGGCCGAGGAGGAGAUGGAGGUGCAGAAACUGCAGUGGACGAAUGGAGCGCAGGGCCUGCCACUCCCCGCCCCACCCAGGCCUGGGCCUAAGGCCAGACCCCAGGCCGAGGCAGCUCACCCCAAGACACACAAACCUCAGCAGCCCCCCAAGUCCAAGGCCCCCGAGGAGAUCCCUCCUGAGGCCGUGCAGGAGUACAUGGACAUCAUGGACGAGCUGCUAAAGGCCCCCGACUCAGUCUGCAGGGCGCACCUCAGCCGACGGGCAGUGGACAGGGAGGAGCAGCAGGAGGAGGCUGGGACCUUUCCUGACCCGGGGCUCUUGAGCUAUGUGUACGAGCUGUGCUCCCAGGAGGACUUUGUCACCAAGGUUGAGGCGAUCCUUCAUCCCAGCUUCCUGGAGCACCUGCUCUCCCAGGAGUCCCAGCUGGAUCUCCUGGCCCUGGCUGAGGAUCUGGAGAAGGAGGAAGGAGAACUGCUGGCCAUGGCCCCUGCGACCCUGGACCUUGCAAGGUCAUCAUCCAGCCCGGUGUUUCGCACUCUGGCCCGCCUGAAGCCCACCAUGAGCCUGGAGGAAGGCCUGCGCCUGGCCCUUCGGGAAUGGCGGGGCACGAGCAACUAUGACCGCAUGAUCUACUCCGACAUGGCGGCCAAGUUCAUGGAGUUUGAGGCCGAGGAGGAGAUGGACGUGCAGAAACUGCAGUGGACGAACGGAGCGCAGGGCCUGCCACUCCCCGCCCCACCCAGGCCUGGGUCUCAGGGGACUCCAGGCCCACCGCCAGACCAGCAGACAGCUCGCCCCAAGACACACAAACCUCAGCAGCCCCCCAAGUCCAAGGCCCCCGAGGAGAUCCCUCCUGAGGCCGUGCAGGAGUACAUGGACAUCAUGGACGAGCUGCUAAAGGCCCCCGACUCAAUUGUGGACAAGCGUCUGCAGGCCUCAAAGGCUAAGGAGGUCAUGAAGGCUUGUCCCCAACACCAGGUCCUGCCUUUCACCAUUGUGAACGCUGAUAAGCUGUAG